AGCCUUUCCUUUUAGACCUUUGAGUCUGUCUCAAAAUCUACCACAGUGUCCUGUGUAUCACAGAUGAAGGCGGUGUAAAAGAACAACUCCCGCCCCCUCCUCUGAAAGUUUCUUUGAAAUUCCUUCUCCAUCCCUUGACCAGUGAUCCAUUAAAGCCAGGCCAUUUACCUAGAAUUUCCCCUUCCAAGCCUCACUUCAUGGGGGUUGGCAGCAGGUCAUGCUGACCCGAGUGUGGCACGGCUUGGGGGCCCUCUGCAUACCUGUUGGUAUCUGUCGAGGAGCCGCCUCCUCUUGUCUGCGUUAAUCAUAAAUCCACCCAUCUCCUUGGUAACCCAGGGCCUUGCCUUGUGUUUCUUAUUUUCUGGGGCAUUGUCAGGCUGAAGGUCACUCUUUUGGUGACUUUCGGCUUCCAUGGACCUUUCUAGCUAGUGCAGGGGAGGUGGGGCAAGAGAAGGUACCAUCUCCCUCCUUUGACAAGUGAUGAAAUAGUGACUAGUGGUAGGACAGUGUUGAAAUCGGAGGCAGGAGGAGAGAAAGAGUCAAAAGGAGAUCUGGAUGCAGCUGUGGCUGGUGUCUGCGUUUUGCCUCUCUCUGACACCUUUCCUCCACUGCUAAAGUCCCUUAAUAAUAAACAGCUGACACCUAAUCCAGACAUCCUCCCUUGUGACUUGUAACUUAUGUUGACCUGUAUAAUUUUUUUUAAUUGUUUGUGAAACCGUACCAAUGUGGAAACAGGAGGCACUGUCUGUGAUUUCUGUAUCUUCUGGAGUAGCGUGCAACUGCUGGCUGCUAUCCUUCCUGUUCUUUGGGUCACUUUGUGGCAUUUUGUCUGACUUCUGUUUAACUUUCCACUUAAACUGCAUCUAGAACAAACCAUAGCGGAGCAGCUCUGUCAGGCAAGAGUAAAGAAGAUUUGCAGCCUUGUUUUGGAUUUUGUUUUGGAAGCAAUGUGUGGGAACUGCCAGCAACGAAGUUACCUGUGGAGAUGGAAGCUGCUGCUUUUCUUCCUUUGGAGUUGCUCUGGUACAGAAGCCAGGCACCAUCUUGCGUGUCUCCCUUUGUCUGUUUCCACUCCACAACCUGUGCUGGGCUUCUGGGAGCUGUUGCGGAAAGGCACAGGAUGCUCCAGCCAGGAGCGCUCUGCCACAGGGCAAGAAGUUCACAUUGUCAGCCUGAGUAGUGGCAUACCAGCUAAUGGCCAGGUAAUAACUCUUGUGGUGGCUCCAGAUCCAAAAGAUGGAGCUCCUGUCUUCAUGCUAUACUCCCAAGUACCUGUGCUUUGGAUGCUGCCAUCUCCCCCUGGAAAAAAUUGGACCUUCCAGGUCUCCCUUGGCUCUAGUGUUUCAGCCUCUGAGCCUGGGGUUUUCACUAAGGAGACCAACUUUCCAGAGACACUUCGAGGCCUGCUCAAGUGGGCACGAAGAGAGCAUGGAGGGAUCACAUCUCUGGCUGAGUACCAUGGAGUCAACACUGUCUACAUCCACCUGGGGGCUGAUGAGACUGCACCAGCCACUUGCAAGUUGCACAGGAAUUUCUUCACUUCCUUGCAUUUUGCCUCUGAGCGCCAGCUUCAGCCUCUGCAAAUCUGUCUGAAUUCUUACCCUUCCCAGGACCUGGAAGUUCACAUCAUCUUCUGUAAAGGUCUUGCUCCAAGUAUGCUCUCUUCUAGGCCCAGUUUGGCUCAUCUGACUGUGGAGCUUCAUGAUGUCCGAAGAUCCCCUCGCCAGGCUUUGCUGUUGAUACUGAAGAGUGAAGGAGCUGCCCAAUGGAGGGUUCAGGCACACCGCUUCACUGGCCAACUGCACGUACUGGCUUCACACAAAGUCAUUGUUAGCAGCACAGAAGCAGACCUACCUCUGAUUGUGACCCAGCAUACAUCUCCUGGGUUGGCUUAUAUCAGGGAUCCCUUGAAGUAUGCAGCAAAGCAGAAGCUGCCUGCCUUCACAUCUUAUACUGAGGCUGAGCGAGUGAAUCGGUUUCUCCUUGUGGUUGGAAUGAAUGAGGCCACACCCACUAUACCAGUAGAUCCUAAGCUCUUUGGGCCAUUGUUUCUGCCUCCCCCAAAACUCUUAGUCAAAAGACAACAGUUCCCAGAGGCUAUCACAACAAGCUGGACAAUAAGGCCAGAGAUCUCAGAAGAAGACAGUUCUGUAAUUCACCUGCUACCCACAUCUAAAACAGAGGGACUGGAAUCUACCCUGUGUCCUACUGGGGAGCAGAAACCCCUUCAGGAAAAGCAGGGCUUUCAGAGAGUCUCCCGUGCCUCAUCAUCUUCAACCCAGACCUCUCCCCAAGAAGCCACCAUGGCCUUUCAGGAUCUUCCUUUCCACCAUGGUAAUGUUCUGCUCAGCCUAGAGGUGUACAGCUCAGACUCUUUUGCUAAUCAACCAGGACCCUGUGCAGUCUCUGCCAACAGCUGGGUCUUUGUGGAGGCUUCCUUAGCUUCCUACGACUUGUGUCUUGGCUUCACCAUCCAGCGGUGCUUCAUCUCCCCCUCUUCUGAUCCUUUGGUGGCUUCUUCAUAUCUGCUGGUCCAGCACGGGUGUGCUGUUGAUGCCCAUGUCAACAUGUCAGAGUUGGAGCAGGCAACCCAGGGCCAGGCAUUGCCUCCAGGUUACCAGGAACGCCAACGACUGAGCUUCCUGCUGCAGCCUCGCUUCAAUGACUCUAUUCAGUUCCUGCACUGCCACCUGGUGCUCUGCAGCAGGGACCCUCAGGAUCCCAGCAAGCCCAAAGGCCCAAUCCCAAAGUGCCCAUCAGAGAAUGAGGCCUGCAAAGGAGAAGUGGAGCUGGCCAGAAAUCACUUCCAACGCACUGUCACAAAACCCAUCAUUGUGACAGUGGAGGCUCCACUCAGAGCUGCCAUUCCAGGUCUGAGAACAGAUAAUUUCCCACCCAGCCAUCAAGGAAAAGCACUGAAGGAUCCACUCCACUCAUGGAAGACACAGCCAGUCCCAACUGCAGCUGCACCAGGCCUAGAGCUCCCAGCUGUAUUUGGUAUUGCCUUUUCAGCCUUCAUCAUCGGUGUGUCCCUCACUGGUGGGCUUUGGUUCAUUCAUUCCCAGACAGGUGAGGCAACUAUCAGAAACAGAAGUCGACCGACAGCUGAGAGAGAUUCUCAGCUGUGUUUUGCCUGUGACCAAGCAUUUGUUCCAGCAAACCUGUGUUCCCCAGUACCAAAGCCACCUACUUAUGAAGAUGUCAACCUAACAUCAGUCUUUAAACCGGUAUUAUCCAUGUUGCAUAAACUCACAUUCACUCUAAGCUUUAGCUUAAAUGAGUAACCUGUUUGUAGGCAGCAGUAGUACAGUUUUUUCAUGCCUUAAUUUGGGCACUUCUGCUGCCCCCCCCCUCUUUUGACUCUUCAUUUCUGCACUGAUGUUUGGACAAAGAGGAACUCUCCUGCUCUGGUCUCUGGAGGACAUAACAUUUGCCAGUGAAGUAGCAGGACAGCUGCUCCCCCUGCCUGGCCUGGCGGGGAAACUGCCAACUGACACACUGCAGGAGAAGACAAAAGGCCCAGGUGUGUGUGUGGGAAGGGAGGGGGGCUGCCAUUUCAUGAGGGGAAUUUGGACAGAAUCACACUUGACAGGUUUACUGAUCUGCCUGCAGUAAUAUCUUGUGCUCUUCUGAUGAAUGUUAAUCUCUGUUGAGAGAUGCUGGCUUUCAUGCACCUUUGAAGCACAGGCUUCCCAACUUCCUGAGGAAACAAAGAUCACUGCCAAAACCCAAGAUUUAAAUGUAAGCAUACUUUAGAGGGGGCAUUUCUGGUGUUCUACCUUGCAAAUGAUGUAGCCUUUUAUUAAACUGCUAUACAGCAGA